AUGGCCUCGUCUACCCAGCCUUAUACACAACCACCAAAGCAUGUAAAUGUCCUCGUCAUCGGGGGUGGGCCUGCCGGCACUUAUGCUGCGUCUGCCCUAGCUCGCGAGGGCAUUGAGGUCGCUGUAUUCGAAGCAUCCAAAUUCCCGAGAUACCACAUCGGAGAAAGCCUGAUUCCAUCCGUCAGGCACUACCUCCGUUUCAUCGGUGCGGAGGAGAAACUCGCCAACCAUGGGUUUUGUCGCAAGCCGGGAUCAGCGAUUAAGUUUAAUCAAAACAAGCAAGAAGGAUACACCGAUUUCGUGGCCUUGGGUCACAACAAUAAUGCGUGGAAUGUGGUUCGUUCCGAAUUCGAUCAGAUGUUGAUGAACCAUGCUCGUUCCUCGGGAGCGGCCAUCUACGAGCGAACGAAAGUAAAUAGCAUCGAAUUUUCGAAGUCGAAUCCCGGAAGACCGACCUCGGUGUCAUGGACCCACACACCGCCCCCGGUCCCCCUCUCUCCGCCAACGUCCCCCCAAACUAAGUUCAAGAAGUUAGAGUCGAACGGCGAUGCAUCGGAGGGGACGUCACAGGGAGUUGAAGGCGUAACGACAUUCGAUUAUAUGAUCGACGCGACUGGGCGUGCAGGAAUCAUGUCCACGAAAUAUCUACAAAACAGGCGGUUCAACGAAUCCCUGAAGAAUGUUGCAGUAUGGGGGUACUGGGAGAAUGUGGGUACUUACGGAGUGGGCACGAAGCGCGAAGGUGCCCCGUGGUUCGAGGCAUUGACAGAUGAGACUGGUUGGGCGUGGUUCAUCCCAUUACACAACGGCACUACUUCUGUCGGUAUUGUGAUGAACCAGAAGUCCCAUACGGACAGAACGAAGCAACAAGUCGCGACCGGCGAUGGUUCCUCUACGAUGACGUCCCGCUAUCUGGAGAACAUUCUCCUGGCUCCGGGGUUGGUGGAUCUGAUAGGCGAAGGGAAAAUGGUGGAUGGAACCGUCAAAAGCGCCAGCGACUUCAGCUACUCAGCGCCGAAGUAUGCCGGGGAAAGGUAUAGGAUCGUGGGGGAUGCAGGAGCGUUCAUCGACCCGUUCUUUUCGUCUGGCAUCCACCUGGCUAUGACGUCUGCUUUGGCUGCGUCUGCUAGCAUCUGUGCAUCGAUCCGAAAGGACUGUACGGAGCUGGAGGCUACUGAGUGGCAUACUAAACGGGUAGCGACGAGCUACACAAGGUUCCAAGUAGUCGUUCUCAGCGCGUACAAACAAAUGCGUGCUCAAAACUUUGACGUUUUGUCGGAAAUCGAUGAAGACAACUAUGAUCGAGCGUUUGCGUACCUUCGUCCAGUGAUUCAAGGAGCAUCUGAGAUGGGGGCCAGACUUUCGGAAGACGAGCUCCAAAGGUCUCUUGACUUUUGCCUGCAGCUCUUCAACCCAACCUCCCCAGAGCAACACGAACGGGUGUUCAAGCAAGGCGGCGCAUUGGCGCGGCAACUGAUGGAUCUCUCUCAGCCGGUUAUGGACACGUCGCUUCUGCUUCAGCAGAUAAAGCCUCUUUGUGGGCGUCGAGAGUCCCAGGACACCUCGGAGGAUUCAGAUUCGGAUGUGGAGCUUGUCGUCAAGAAGAUCAACGCAAGGAGGGUCGUUCAUCCGGAGUAUGCGAUCAACAACUUGGAAACUGAGCCUUUGGAAGGCUUUGCGGUCAGGCUGGAGAGAGGCAAAUUAGGACUGAUCGGCAAGCACUGA